UGCCAGUUCGUUCGCUUGUGGCAGUUGGACUCUGACUCCCCCAAACUCCAUGGUCCAACCCAAUCACGCGCACGGGCAGGCGUAGCCUCCUCGUCUCUUCCCCUUGUGCUUACCAGGCUCCAUGCUGGGCGUGUUCCUCCGCGUCCCGGCCCCGAUCCCGCCUCUCCUCCCCGCGCCGACGCGCUCUCUCCUCCUCCGCCGCCGCAGCCACCGCCUCCCUCCCGCUACGCCCAUGGCUUCCGCCUCCGUCCGCGACACCGACGCCAAGAGCCCUGACGCCGCACCGGCCCCGGAGCCGCCCGAGAAGCCGCUCCCGGGCGAUUGCUGCGGCAGCGGCUGCGUCCGCUGCGUCUACGACGUCUACUACGACGAGCUCGACGCCUACAACAAGGCCCUCGCCGCCCACUCCUCCUCAAGCUCCGGCGGCAAGGCCUCCGCUGAUAGCAAACCCAGCGACGAUGCCAAGUCCUGAAGCGCGUGCCAUGUGUAUGCUCUCUUCUGUUCCCAACUGAAUUACUGGCCGUCUUAUCAGAUAUUCCACUACCAAUUCUUGA